CAUCAGUCACAGUGGUGGUGUUCUGCUGUGUGACAUCAUCAGUGACAGUGCUGGUGUUCUGUGUCCAGGCUGCUGAUCUACGGCCUGUACUGCAGCCACAUGGAGAACGCCCAGAAGACCCUGGACGAGCUCAUCGCCACGCGAGAGGACGUCAAGAUGAAGGUGGAGGAGUGUACCAUGAAGGUGCAGGAGGGGAAGUUCAAGCUGCAGGAUCUACUGGUGGUUCCCAUGCAGAGGGUCCUCAAGUACCAUCUCUUACUGAAGGAGCUGUUGAGUCAUUCGGCGGAUCGUCCAGAACGGCAACAGCUAAAGGAGGCUUUGGAGGCCAUGCAGGACCUGGCCAUGUACAUCAACGAGGUGAAGCGGGACAACGAGACCCUGAAGAAGAUCAGCGAGUUCCAGAGCUCCAUCGAGAACCUUCAGCAGGUGAGGUUGGAAGAGUAUGGCAGACCAAAGAUAGAUGGAGAGCUGAAGGUUUCCUCCAUCAUCAACAGAACUAAACAGGACCGGUACAUCUUCCUGUUUGACAAAGUGGUCAUCGUGUGCAAGCGUAAAGGCUACAGCUACGAGCUCAAGGAGAUCAUCGAGCUGGAGCCGUACAAGAUGUCCGACGACCCCAUGAGCAACCGAGACCUGAAGAAGUCAAGUGGAAAAAUGUGGUCCUAUGGGUUCUACCUGAUACACCUUCAGGGGAAACAGGGCUUCCAGUUCUUCUGCAAGACCGAGGACACCAAGAGGAAGUGGAUGGAACAGUUUGAGAUGGCCAUGUCCAACAUGAAGCCGGAGAGGGCCACGGCCAAUCAGCACAACUUCCAGAUGCACACGUUUGAGAAGAACACCAACUGUCGAGCCUGCAAGAUGCUGCUGAGGGGGAUCUUUUACCAAGGUUACUACUGCUCUCGGUGUGGCACAGGGGCACACAAGGAAUGUCUGGAAGUCAUCACCAUCUGUAAAAUCAAUCCCCUGGAUUUGGAACCGGAGCUAUCUACAGGUCCUAAGAUGGUGGCGGUGCGUAACUAUCACGGGACGCCCGCCCCCCCGGGGAAACCCCCCCUCUCCCUCCAGACGGGGGACUUCAUCGAGCUGCUGAAGGGCGACCCUGACACUUCCUGGUGGGAGGGUAAGAUCAUGCAGACCCAGAAGAGUGGCUUCUUCCCCAGCUCCUGUGUGAAGCCGUUCCUGGACCCCAAGCCCAUCCAGUCCCUCCCCAGCCGCCAGUUGUCAAGGGAAACGGAGUACUACGGCUACCCCUGGUUUGCCGGGAACAUGGAGCGACAGCAGGCGGACAACCUGCUCAAGUCCCACAGCAGCGGCACCUACCUGAUCAGGGAGAGGACGGCGGAGGCAGAGAGAUUCGCCAUCAGCAUCAAGUUCAACGAGGAGGUCAAGCACAUCAAGGUGAUCGAGAAGGACAGCUGGAUACACAUCACAGAGGCCAAGAAGUUCGAGAGCCUGCUGGAGUUAGUAGAGUACUACCAGGCCCACUCCCUGAAGGAGAGCUUCAAGCUGCUGGACACCACGCUCCGCCACCCCUACAAGGCCAGGGAGCGUUCCCUCACCAGGGCCAGCUCUCGCUCGCCAGUGUUUACCCCCAGAGUGGUGAGCACGGCCGUGGCUCGCUACAGCUUUGCGGCGCGGGACAUGAGGGAGCUGUCUCUCAGAGAAGGAGACGUCGUAAAGAUCUACAGCAAGAUCGGAGGAGACCAGGGCUGGUGGAAAGGAGAGGCCAACGGAAGGAUCGGGUGGUUUCCUUCCACCUACGUUGACGAGGAAGGAGUCCAGUGAGGAAAUGAUGUCACCGGCAGGCCGUCCAAUCA